AAAAUCCCACGAAGAAGACACAUCUGUAAUUUGCCAUUCGGGUCCAGAAGUAUGGCGAGUGAUCAAUCUCCACAAAGACCGGGUGAAGACGCGCAUGAAGAUGAACAGAAGGGCUCGAGCUCGGUGAAGGGAAAAGCUAUGGCGGGAAAGACCAUGGGGUGGGUUUUGGCUCUUAUAGUGGCUGUCGUUGCGCUUUUUGUUGGGCUUUCCUUCAAAUCCCGAUAUCCGAUCGCCCCUUCCUUCCCUUCCCCUCAACAGAAACUCUUCAAAGUUGAUGAGCUAGCUUUGUAUAAUGGAACUGAUGAGGGAUUGCCUAUUCUUCUUGGAAUUCUUGGAUCAGUCUUUGAUGUCACAAAAGGAAAAUCUCACUAUGGUGUGGGAGGAGGUUAUCAUCACUUUUCGGGAAGAGAUGCUUCUCGUGCAUUCGUAUCAGGAAACUUCACAGGGGAAGGACUCACUGAUUCCUUGCGGGGUCUGUCAAAUGCUGAGAUCAAGAGCGUCGUUGAAUGGCGGGGCUUUUACCAUAAAUCCUACACAUUUGUAGGUAAGUUGGUGGGUCUUUACUAUGAUGAUCAAGGAAAUCCCACUAAGCAUUUGAAGGGAGCUGAGGCAAAGGCUGCCAGAGGCGCACAACUUUUGAAGAAACAAAAGAAAGAGGAGGAUAAACUGCCAAGCUGUAAUUCGAAAUGGAGUCAGGAUGAAGGUGGUGAGGUCUGGUGCGAUAAUGGCUUCCCGAGGUUGAUACAGAGACCAUUAGAAAUCGCGUUGACAGGGAAGAUGAGCAAACGAUGCGCUUGCUUUCGAGAAGACCAGCUGGGAGAGCCAGGAUUAGAAGUUUAUGAAGGUUGUGACUACCAAGCGCAGACCUGCCGUGUUUAAAGACCCGUUACAAACAGCCUUAGCUUGUACAUCAGAAACCACUUCAUUAUAGUUAUCAUCCAUAAACCAGAGGAGGUGAAACCUGCACGAGAUUGACAGAAAUGGGCAAUAGAUACACAGAAACACGACGUACCGAACGUUCCAUUCUUCGUUUUUUUUCCUCUUCCUUAGGAAGAAUGCGGGAGACAGGGAGUAUCGACCACGUACAGGUACGUGUUUCAUGACAUAACACUGUUCAUUGAUCAUAUCAUCAGCUUCAGUUGCUUGCCUGCUUUCUAGACCUGUGUUUUGAUGUAUUUUGAUGUGAAUUGUAUGUUUUGGCCUCUUUUAGAUUCAACAGCUGCAAGACAUGAACAGACAAACCUUGUCUCUCAAUUAUUGAUGUUGCUAUACUUCUGACUAUUGGUCUAUAAUAUGUUCCCUUCAUUACAU